GCAUUCUAGUGCAACGUGAAUGUAGCUUCAUUGUUGCAUUACACAAUAUUAUGCAUAAUUUAAAAUUACGUUUACCAACGGUAUAAUAUUGAAAAACUAGGUUAGGUUUUACAUGCUUCAAAUUUCAAUAUUGAUAUAAUUCGUCGACGGCAUGGCGGUAUUAGAGAUGAAGAAUCCACGUGAAAAUAUGAAGAACGAUAAGAAAGGUGAAAAGGCGGCGGUGCGUUUGAAUGCCGAGUACAUAAAGUACGCUAGGAAUUUAGCUGGCAAUGAUAAGGAGGAAAGGGACAGGGCUUUGCAGAGCCUUGGGAAGUGGUUCAAAAAAGUCCAGAAGAGCAAAGUAUCUCUAUCAGAGGAGGAAUUGUUAGUGCUAUGGAAGGGACUCUUCUAUUCCAUGUGGAUGUCGGAUAAACUUUUAAUACAGGAAGAAUGUGCUGAAAAUAUUGCACAUUUAAUGCACAAGCUGAAUGAUAAUCAAUUGAUGUUUUUUAAAUGUGGACUCAAAACCCUCUGCAAUGAAUGGUUUGGCAUUGAUCAACUUCGAUUGGAUAAAUUUUUAAUGUUUGCAAGGAGGCUCGUGAGACAAGCCCUGAUUGUUGUAAGGAACAAUGAGUGGAAGUUUGAAUAUGUGAAGCAAUUCCAAGAUAUUAUGACUGAAACAGUGCUCAAUCCAAAGCCUAGUGGAUUCCUUGGAUUGACAAUGCACAUUUCUGAUAUUUAUUGGGAAGAAAUAUCUAAAGUAUCACAAGGAAAGAUGACUCACAAAACGCUUAACGAACUUUUACUUCCAUUCUUGCAUUUCAUUGUGGCUUUGGAUAAUGCCUGUGAUAUCCAAAACUUUUCAGAAAAUAUAUUUCGUUAUCUCAUUAAGCAAACUGAUUUGCACAUAGAGUACGAAGAAAAAUUUGAUGCAUGGAGAAAUAUGGGAUACCCGGGCGGUGAUAUUAACAAGCUGCAAAAGGAAGUGAUUGAUGAUGAAGAUGAUGAUGCGACUGACAAAGAUGUUAGUUUAGGAGAACAAGUUUUAGAUCCUAGGGCUGGAUCAGUGCACGUGACAUUACCGCAACUGCAGUUCAACGCCGGUCAAAUUGCAUCGCUUCUUGAUAAAUACAAGUUUGGAAAGGGUUCCAACAAGAAGUCGCGCGCAGUUAUCAAUAAUUUAAUUGAAGAUUUCAAGAAAGUGGCGAAGAAAGUCUAUCCAUACGGUAUUAAGAAAGUGAAUUUAGAAGAUGGCAAGAUUGACAUUAAGAAAGCCACAAAAGAUUUGAUGAACAUGUUCGAUUCCAAGGAUAAAAAGAAGCGGAAGAGGAAAAGGAAGAAUAAUAAUGAAGCCGUAGCCGUCGAAGAAGAGGAAGUCCAAUCUAAGAAAGGAAAAUUCGAGAAUAAAAACCAAGCCAAUAAGAAUGUAAAGAAAGGAAAAGACGUUGUGCCGGUAAUUCCCAAUGGCGCAGUGAAUGGACUUAAGGUUGAUAAGAAACCGAAGAAGGAGAAGAAUAAGAGGAAAAUUGAUAAUGUUGAAGAUAUUCAAUUGAAUCAUACGAAGAAACGGAAUUUGAAUACUAGUACCAUUGAAGAUGUUGUUAAUAAUUUUGAGAUGGAAUUCACUCGAAACUCCGGUACUUGGUAUGUUUUUUCAGCAGAUGAUACUGCUGAAACGAGCAACAUUACUGAGAACGGAAUCCAAUCGUCUCCAAAGAAAUGCGAAAGUCCCAAAUCUCCAAAAAACAAAGUGGACAGUAAUAAAUCUCCAAAAGACAAAGCAGAGGAGGGACCUAAAUCUCCAAAAGUGAAAGAAGAGGAGAGCAUAAAAUCGCCGAAAGGUAAAGUAGAGGAGAGUAUAAAAUCUCCGAAAGGCAAAGUAGAGGAGAGCCCGAAAUCCGCAAAAUGCAAAGCGGAAGGAAGCCCGAAAUCUAAAGCACCUGAAAGCCCCAAAUCACCUAAACAAAACAAAGAUAACGUGAUUCAAAUUGGCACACCAAAAUCAGAAAUUGUUAACGAUUUUCAACCUAACGAGGAAAGUACACCCAAGAAGCUCUUCACGCAAACCGCAUGGGACGUACCCUUGUUGGAAGGAGAAACCGAGAUUUUUGUGCCAUCGAAUAAGUACAAGAAGAAAAUGGAUAAGCUGGGUCUCAAGGCGAAUGUCACCGUCAACGGUCUGCUAGAGAAGUCCGUCCAGAAGAUUAAGGGAAAGAACAGUCGUCACUCCAUGGACCCGAACAUCGUGAGGAAUCCGUUCGCGCGGGUUGGUCAAUCCUCGGUAACGGGUAGCGCGAAGAAAGUGAAGAUCGAUUUGAGGUUGAACAAAUCGCAGGAAAUCCACGAGCACAUGGCCCAGUUGCGCAGCUCCCCAGCCAUUCCAUUCGAUGCCAACAGGAAACCCAGCAAACCCUUGCUCAAACCCAACGCGGUCGCAAGUCCCAUCAACCCGUUUUACAAAAAGAAAAUGUUAAAUAUUUGGUGAAAUAAAUGUAUACA